AUGGCCACAGAUGAGUUUGAAAAGUCCAAUGAACCAUCUUUUCACCAUGAUUCGUCCCAUUUGACCGCAGUUGGUGGUCAUGUGGAAGAAGGCUUUAAGGUGCACCAACCUCCUCAGCCGCCUCAUCGAGGCCGUGGCCGUCCACGUAAAAUUUCCAUCAACGGGGACGUUCGCAAGUCCUCUGAAUCAUCUACCAAACCAGACUCACCAGGAAUUACAGCACGUCCGUUAAACUAUAGUCCGCCAGGUAAGAGCCAGCCGGCAUUCAAAGCUAAAUCUUCUAUCCCCGCACUUAUUCCCGUUUUGGAGUUUGCGCGGCAAUGUAUUUUGGCUGCUCAGUCGUCAAGAUUGAAUCCUUUCGCGCUUCAUCCUGGCGAAUACGAGCUUUUGAGGGAUCACAUUACCCAUUCCCAGGUCACAGUCUACCUCAACAUCCGCAAUGCCAUCCUCCGCUUGUGGACAAGAACCCCCUUGGUCGCCGUCACAAAAGCGGAAGCGGCAGGCUGCGCAAAGGACGCCCGGUAUUUCAACAUGGCACAGAUCGCUUACAAGUGGCUUGUACGAAAUGGAUACAUAAAUUUUGGCUGUGUAGAGCUUCAGAGCACAGCAGGGCCCAUACCUCGAGCCAAGGCCAAGGGCAGGAGACGAACUAUCGUUGUCGUAGGAGCUGGGAUGUCCGGGUUAGGCUGCGCGAGGCAGCUAGAAGGCUUGAUUGCACAGCUUGGGGAACAGUGGUCGAACAACGGAGAGCGUCCGCCGCGGGUGAUUGUACUUGAGGGACGCAGGAGGAUUGGGGGCCGAGUUUAUUCUCAUCCCUUGAAGAACCAAGCCGAAGCCACUUUGCCUUCUGGCCUUCGGAGUACGGCUGAGAUGGGCGCACAAGUAGUCACCGGGUACGAGCACGGCAACCCCUUGAAUGCCAUCAUUCGCGGCCAACUUGCGCUCCACUAUCACGCACUUAAAGACGACACGAUCCUUUACGACCAUGACGGGACGGCGAUUGAACGUGAGGGACAGGACAUGCUAGUCGAAAAGCUCUAUAACGACAUACUAGAGCGCGCCAGUCACUACAGGAACAAGCCGACAAAAUCGAAAACGGUCGAGGGUGAUAGGCGUCUAAUACAACUCGGCCGCGAUCCCACUCACGAAUCUGGAGACCUCAUCUCUUCCCUUGAAGAUGUUGGUGCAUCAAAGCCAGUGGCCAGUGUCAACAAGCAUAGCUCGAGGAGUGCCCAUAAUCCUAAUGCUCUAAUGGGGAUGGAGAAGCUGGCGGGAAGAGCUUACACGCUCGCUGAUGGCACUGGAGCCAACGUUUCGGCUGCCUCGGCAGCCAACAACAUGGGCUGGGAACUCAAGUCCUCUGUACCUCCGUCAUGCAACUUGAACUUGGAUGCCGCAACGGAGGUGCCCUCGCAUCCUACGUUGGGCGCAACCAUGGAUGAGGCUAUCAGACAAUAUCAGGAUAUGAUGCACAUGACUCCAAAGGACAUGCGGCUAUUUAACUGGCAUCACGCGAACAUGGAGUACUCAAAUGCUGCCAACGUGAACCAACUGAGCCUUGGUGGCUGGGACCAGGACAUUGGAAACGAGUUUGAAGGCCAACACAGCCAGAUUAUCGGCGGCUACCAACAGCUCCCUCGCGGCCUAUGGCAGUGUCCCACUAAGCUUGACGUCCGCUUCAACAGCCCAGUCAAGGCUGUUCGCGCAGUAAACGACUACCAGAUCGUUGAAUGUGAGAAUGGUGAUGUGAUUGAGGCUGAUGAGGUCGUGAUGACAGCUCCGCUAGGUGUACUCAAGAAAAAUCAAAUCGCGUUUGACCCUCCCUUGCCGGAAUGGAAGACGGGACCGAUAGAGCGUCUUGGAUUUGGUUUGCUGAACAAGGUGAUACUCGUCUAUGACAGCCCAUUCUGGGAGUCUGAUCGUGACAUGUUCGGUACGCUGAACGAAGCCGAAAUACAUGACAGCAUGGAACAGAAAGACUACGAAUUACGAAGAGGGCGUUUCUGGCUGUUCUGGAACUGUCUGAAGACUAGUGGAAGGCCGACGCUAGUCGCUCUUAUGGCCGGCAAUGCUGCUCACGACACCGAAGUUGCUGACAACAACGAUUUGAUUCACGAAGUCACUGAACGGUUGAAGAAGAUGUUCGCCCCGGCCACCGUUCCAUUGCCCUCGGAAGUGAUUAUCACACGAUGGAAGAAAGAUCCCUUUGCUUGUGGAAGCUACUCGUACAUGGGUCCGCAAGCGCAAGCCGGCGACUACAACGCCAUGGCGAAACCCAUCGGCACACUGCACUUUGCAGGCGAAGCGACCUGCGGCACCCACCCUGCCACAGUACACGGGGCAUACUUAUCCGGGCUGCGAGCGGCCUCCGAGGUCGUUGAGUCAAUGCUCGGCGCAAUCGAAGUGCCGCACCCACUCGUGGCGCCCAAAACCAAGCCGGAAGCAGCAACAGCAGCAGCAACAGCCACGCCCACGGGGACAAAGCGGCCGCGCUCCGAGCCCGGCUCGCCCAACUCGCGCAACGUGCGCCAGAUGCGCAACGAAGACAUCGAAGCCUCGAUCAUCAGCGCGAUCCUGGAGCAGAUCGGCCAACGCCCGCUCAAGCCCGAGCGCACGGGCAACAAUCCCUACUUGUUGUACACGCGCGACCACUGGCACGCGAUCAAAGCCGAGUGCGACGCGCAGCGGCGGGCGGCGACCGGCGACGCGGCGGCCAAGGCGUCCAAGGACUCGAUCCGCGCCGUUAUCGGCGCGAAGUGGCGGGGCGCGGGCGAGGAGGUGCAGCGGCCGUAUGUAGAGGAGGCGGGGCGCGCCAAGGAGGCUAGUAAGGAGGCCAGCAGGACGUGGAAGGCGGGUGUUGAGGCUUGGGAUCGCGAGGCUGCGCGUAUUAGGAGGGAGGUUUUGCGGAGUAGUUGUUUGGGGGAGGAGGACGUCGCGUUUGGGAAGACGGCGAUUGAGAGUGGGGGGAGUAGAAGGGAGAGGAGGGGGGUUUGA